AGUUUUAUCGUCUGAUUGUACGUUCUUCUUCCACCUUGCCCUGAUUCAUCGCCACAGGCGCUCUCAUGGCCUGUUGGACUGCCUUUUAAUUAAUCUAACCUACGCUCCUUGAUUUGCUACUGCCUGAUUUCCUACUGACACCGUGCGACUUUCCCUCCGGCCCUAAUUCUCCCUCUGCGCGCCGUCGCCUCCUUCCGGCCGAACCACGCCAUCUCGACUGCUUCGCGUCGCACCUUGAAGACGUCGUGUCCUGUCAGCCAUCGCUGCUAUUUCAGCGCUGACCUAUGCGCCUUCCUAAUACUCACUUUUAUAAUAAUCGCCUCGGCCUGUUGAAUACGACCACCUGAGCUAAUCACUGCUGUUUCUUUUCCGCUUCCUCCAACCAGUCCGCUAUCCUUGACGCAUAUUUAUAUUUAUUAAUUUUGUCUUCCUCAAAAUGGCCUCGAAUUCGUCUAUCCUCCUCGACCUUCCCCCUCUCCCCUCAUAUAUACUGACGCCACGUGUGCCUGUCCUUGCGCCGAUCCCCGACAACAUUCUCUCUCUCAUUCUUCCCGUGGUCGCCUAUUGGGUAGUCUCCAUGAUCUUCCACUUCAUCGAUGUUAACGACCUUUUUUCCCAGUACCGAUUACACACCCCUGCCGAACUGCUCAAGCGAAACCACGUGUCUCGGAUUGAUGUCGUGCGCGAUGUCAUCCUGCAGCAUAUCAUUCAGACCAUCGCGGGGCUGGGGUUGUCUUUCUUUGAUGAGAAAGAAUUUGUUGGGCGAGAAGAGUACGAUGUGGCUGUCUGGGCACGCCGUAUCCGCAUCAUGCAGCGAGUCAUUCCGACCGUCCUAGGAUUUAUUGGUAUUGACGCAAUUGGAUUGUCCAAGAGUUUGUCAGCCUACCCGGCUCUGUCGGGCUUUUUGGCCGGUGGAGUAUACCCGGAUCUUGUCCAGAAAUUGGUCCUGGAUAAUGGCAAUGUGUCGAUGGCCCCGGCUCAUGCUACUUGGGAGCUCGUCGUUGCCCAUUUUAUCUAUAGCUACUUCAUUCCGGGCCUGCAGUUCUUUUUCGCCAUCGGUAUCCUCGAUACAUGGCAGUACUUUUGGCAUCGGGCGAUGCAUCUUAAUCGCUGGCUUUAUGUGAACUUUCACUCCCGUCAUCACCGCUUGUAUGUGCCAUACGCCUUCGGUGCGCUGUAUAAUCACCCCGUCGAGGGAUUUCUAUUGGAUACUGCGGGUACUGGUGUGGCAUUCCUCCUAACCCAAAUGACUCACCGCCAAGCCAUGUGGUUCUUUACUUUCUCUACGAUCAAGACGGUCGAUGACCACUGCGGAUAUCACUUCCCAUGGGACCCUCUCCAGCUCAUUACAUCGAACAACGCGGCUUACCAUGACAUUCACCAUCAAAGCUGGGGUAUCAAGACCAACUUCUCUCAGCCAUUCUUUAUUUUCUGGGAUCGCUUCAUGGGAACCCGUUGGCAAGGAGACGUGACUCUCAAGUACGAGCGAGCCAGAACCGCCGCUGAGAAGCAAGUCGAGCGCGAACGGAGUGAAAAUAACGGCCAACCCGUCAAAACUGUCUUAGAGUCGGAGCCAGGUCCAUUGGACGCAGGGAUGGAGGAUGUUCCCGUCCAAGAACGGGCUCCCCGAAAAAUCCUCCCUCGAACAACCCGGUCUGCCUCAAAGAGAAUCCACGGCGUGAAUGGUAGCAUUCGCCAAAAGUAAUAACCGGAUAGUCUGUGCAUCCUGUGUUUGAUGACUAUAUACGAAAAAAAGAGGGUGGUACCGGCUAUUCUCCUAAUUCUUCUUCUUUUCAUCUUCCUUCGUUACCACUUCCUUCUUUGUUUAUACGGAUUUGUAAUUUUCUUUGAAUGGGGAGUAGCUGGCCUGCUACCGUUGAUUCGUUUGUUCCUGUACAUCAGCUUAGAUUCGUACCUGUAUUAGUUUUACUUCAAUGUUACCGAGAACUGUUACGAAUAAGGCAUGAGAACGGGCAAUAAAGAUCAUGAUAUAUACCGAUAUCUCCCUUUUAUUGUAGGAUAAGAUAGCCACUGUACUACACAUCUGCUAUACAACAAGUAGAGACUGAUAUUACUAGCAAAUGACAAUCAAGACUAUGUUAU